AAGAGGAAGAACCAAUCAUGGCUGCCAGUGACGCAUACAAACAGUAAAAUACUACGGCUUUUCAAGUUUCCCAUAUCAGACUUUCGCUGAUGUUUCUUUUACUAUGGUCUAUCAAAGUAAAUUUCUUUGUUCUACCCUAUAAUAGCCAGAAACGUUAAAGUACUUUUUGCAAGAUGAUUGAAGAAAGCGUGUACGAGCCUGUUUAUGGUCCGAACUAAUGCUUUCUCUAAAGUAACUUAGAAUGUUUGCUUCGUGCCGAGACAAACUAUAGGCAAAAGAUCUAGAGACCAUGGAGCCUGCAAGCCUGGAAAACUUGUGUGUUUUGUACCACAGUGCAAACUAUAUAGUUGUCAACAAACACUGGGACAUCCGUAUUGACAGCAAAAUGUGGUAUGAGAAGCAGACGGUCCAGAGUCAACUUAAGCAUCGCUUCCCAGAGCUUGUAGAUCCUUACACCUACUACGGCUUCAGGUUUUGCCAUCAGUUGGAUUUCUCUACCAGUGGUGCUUUGUGUGUGGCUCUGAACAAGGCAGCAGCAGGGCAUGCGUACCGCUGUUUUAAAGACAGACUUGUUACCAAAGCUUAUCUUGCACUGGUCCGUGGUGUUGUGGCUGAGGAGAAAAUGACCCUGGACUUUGCAAUUGGCAAGAACACAACAGAGGGCAAGACCCAUAUGAUGUGCAUUGAAGGAACAGAAGGUUGUGAGAAUCCCAAGCCCUGCCAAACAGAGCUCACCGUUUUAGAGUAUGGAGAAUAUGAUGGAGAUCCAGUCACAAAAGUGCUUCUACAGCCUCUGACAGGACGGACGCACCAGCUCCGAGUGCACUGCAGUGCCAUUGGUCACCCCAUAGUGGGCGACUAUACCUACAGUCUACGCACAGACAAUGCUCCGUAUCGCAUGAUGCUGCAUGCCUACUUCCUGCACAUUCCUCUAGAGAAUGAACCCAUCCGUGUCAUAGCCCCAGAUCCCGCUGUACCCAGCCUCGACUCCAAAUGGGCUCCACAAAGAUGUGUGAACAAUCUGGAGGAUUUACUGAAGAGUAUUUUAACAAAGCCACAAGCUGAGAUCCAAAAAGACCCAGAGCCCGUGCAGAAGAGCACCAGUGACCCAGUGGAGAGUGAGGAGCAACAGGCACAGUGUCGGCAGUGGUUAUGUGAAUGGAACCUGGACUGAGGAACACUUGCGCCGUUUUACCAGUAAACUGCUGAAGCUAUGCUGCAGGCUGCUUAUGGGGUAACCUCUUCUUUAAAAGGCCAACCCUCCUUAAAAACAGUGUACAGAAAGAACUGAAGGCACAAUGAGAGUUUCAGUGCAGCUUGCAAACGACACCAGACAAUAAAUAAGGGUCUUAUCUACUAGUGAAAAGA